UACUUUGUAUUGUAAUAAAUUGUCGGAACUUUCUCUCCCCUCUCUCUCCCUCUCUGGAUCUACCUCUUGCAGUGCCAAUUCUCUCUACCGACACUGGCCGGAGACCCUCAUUGCGCACAGAACGAACAGAACCCUAAUUUUCUCCAUCUUUAGGAUUCGAAUUCGUUGAUUAAAUCCAAAUCCAAUCCAGUAAUACGGAGUUUUAGUCAAUUCAAUUCAUUCUCCGAUUCUCAAUUUCCGUUCUCACGACCCUAAAAUCCCUCAACUCUCAUCAAUAUCAAUCUCAGCGUCUCAGAUUCAGCUCACGGUGCGACUCAAAGAUGCUUGAUCGGUGUCUCGGAGCUCGUCGGAGUUGGCAAUUCCGGCGAUUCAUCCGCAGCGGCAAGAUCACGCUCCUCUGCUUUUGCAUGACGGUCAUCGUCCUCCGCGGGAACCUCGGCGCCGGAAAGUUCGGCACGCCACAGCAAGACUUCAACGAGAUCCGCGACCACUUCUACGCUUCUCACAAGCGCGUUGAGCCUCGCCGUGUUCUGGAGGAGGUCCAAACCACCACCACCACCACCACUGCAACAACCACCGGAGGAGGAGAGUCAAACGCGGACAACAAUUAUGCAACAUUUGACAUCAAUAAGAUAUUGGUGCAUGAAGGUGAAGACGAAAAGCCAGAUCCGAAUAAGCCGUACAGUCUCGGCCCCAAGAUCUCCGAUUGGGACGAACAGCGAGCUGAUUGGCUCAAGCGAAACCCUAGUUUUCCGAACUUCAUUGGACCCAAUAAGCCUAGGGUUCUUCUGGUUACUGGGUCUUCGCCGAAGCCGUGUGAGAAUCCGGUGGGGGAUCAUUACUUGUUGAAGUCGAUUAAGAAUAAGAUCGACUAUUGUCGGCUUCACGGCAUUGAAAUCUUUUACAAUAUGGCUCUUCUUGAUGCAGAGAUGGCAGGGUUUUGGGCGAAGCUUCCAUUGAUUCGCAAGCUCUUGUUGUCACACCCGGAGGUGGAAUUUCUAUGGUGGAUGGAUAGUGAUGCUAUGUUUACAGACAUGGCUUUUGAGUUACCUUGGGAGAGGUAUAAGGAUUCUAAUCUUGUGAUGCACGGUUGGAAUGAGAUGGUGUAUGAUGAGAAGAAUUGGAUUGGAUUGAAUACUGGGAGUUUCUUGUUGAGGAAUGGUCAGUGGGCAUUGGAUCUUCUUGAUGCUUGGGCUCCCAUGGGACCCAAAGGAAAAGUUAGGGAUGAAGCUGGUAAGGUACUUACUAGGGAGUUGAAGAACAGGCCUGUUUUCGAAGCAGAUGAUCAGUCUGCUAUGGUUUAUCUAUUGGUGACACAGAGGGAUAAGUGGGGUGAAAAGGUGUAUCUUGAGAGUGCUUACUAUUUGCAUGGUUAUUGGGGGAUUUUGGUGGAUAGGUAUGAGGAGAUGAUUGAGAACUUCCAUCCCGGUCUUGGUGAUCACCGGUGGCCGCUAGUGACCCACUUUGUGGGUUGCAAACCGUGUGGGAAGUUCGGGGAUUAUCCGGUGGAGAGGUGCUUGAGGCAGAUGGAUCGUGCCUUCAAUUUUGGGGACAAUCAGAUUCUGCAGAUGUAUGGGUUUAUGCAUAAGUCCCUUGGAAGUCGGCGAGUCAAGAGAGUAAGAAAUGAGACAGGCAAUCCUCUUGACGUCCAAGACGAGCUUGGGUUGCUUCACCCUGCGUUUAAAGCUGUCAAGGUAUCGUCUUCUUGAUGGCACAUGAAAAUGAUUAGCUUCAAAUUGAGUUUGAGAAGUCCUUUUCACAUUUUGAUUCUUUUGUGCACUUUUUAAGUUAUAGUAUAUGUCAAUCUUGUAUUUCAUUAUUACUUGUAAGUUGUUGGCAGUAUCUUUUCUGUUCCUAAUAUUUCCACUAUUAAUUUGAACGGGAAGCAUAGUAUUAUUUA